GUGCCAAUUUUUAUGAACACUAUUAAUUUGUAAUGAUAUCUUAAGUUAGAUGUACAGUAAGAAUGUCAGGUAUUAAUGGCGAAAAGCCAAAAGGUAUUCUGAGAUUAGAGUAUCCUAAUAGUAACUCGUCAAUAGUGCUAGAAUACAAAUCGAUCGCAUGGUUGAAUAAUUUUUUGUUACGAUGAACUUGAAGUUAUGCAAAUCACUUUAUAGAAUUUACUUUAACAUCAUUUAAUUGCUACAUUUAAUUAAAAUUCAGAUCAAUUUUAUUUGUCAACGAAUAUGUGUGAAGAAAUUGAACUUCGUCGAUAUGACGAUACUCCCUGGGGAUUUCGAUUAACUGGAGGUCAUGAUUUUGGGAUUCCUCUUACAGUCGUUCGGGUAAGUCUUUGAACAGGAAUAACUUAAUACAAUAUAGAGAAACAAUACAACUAAUUUAAUUGUUUGCUUAUAGGUAACUGGAGGCAGUUUAGCCGAAGAGGCGGGCAUGUGUGUUGGGGAUAUGAUUAUUGAAAUUAACGGAGAUAACACAGCACAAAUAACACAUAGUGAAGCUCAGCAAUGUAUUUUAGAAGCAGGAAAUUAUAUAAAUUUGUCGAUAUUAAGGUACUUAUUUGUAUAAAAUGUUAAUAUUUGUUAAUAUUACUCACUCAAUAAUUUGUGUAAAACUGUUAAAUUAUUGUUUUUAUUAAAAAUAAAAGUAAUUAACUACCGAUAUGUCUUUUGUAAUAAAAUUAAUGUAUCAGGUGUCUAUGUGUCUACUUUCUGUUUACAGAGGAAGUCCUGUACCUGCAGUUACACCCACAAGAGGUCUAUACACACCUGCAGUUACUGAUCGAGCAGCAUCAUCUGUUGAAAGUCUAACUGAGUAUGAAUCUAUACAUAGCGAUAUUUAUAGAGAGCAUGCUGUAUCAAGUAAAUCAUAACUCAUAAGUUUAACCAAUUAUAAAACAAUUAUUAUUUUUUAAUACAAAAUUGUAAUAUAGCUGUAUCAGAACCAUAUGAGAGUGGACAUGAAAUGACUGAGGAAGAAAUAGCAGAAAAAUUAUUAGAAAAUGCAGAAGUUAUUGAAAAUAACGGGAAAAAUGUCAUAGGGUAUAAUAAAAUAUUAUAUAUUAAGUUUGUUUUUAUUUUAAAAGAUAAAAUAUGUCGAUUUUUGUAUAGUGUCAACUUUAAAAGAUUCGUACCCAAGUGUGAUUUUAUUAAGAAUUCCCUUGUCUUUCAAACUUUACAAGAAGAACAAAUUUUUGAUCAAAAAUCAGAACAAGAACAACUAAAAAAAUAUCCAACCAAGAGAUUUUCAACGUUUUUAACAACACCAAAUAGGCCUAAAAUCAAACCUCCUGAAAAGAAAAAAAUAGAAGAAUCAAAAAUGAUAGAGGUAAGUAUUUUAAAAAUGAUUAAAUUAUCAUUAUUUAUAAUGUUCAUUGAUUUAUGAUAGUUCUUAAACGAUGGCAAUUUUGAUCUCUUUAAUAGUACCAUCUAUGUUCAAUUUCUUUUCUAUAUGAAAAAUUAAUUGAUACUUACAUGUGUACAUUUUUUACAUUUUAGUAUUUAAUACUCUAAAAAAAAUAGAUCAAAACUUUUAGAAAAAUUAUCUGUUUCACAGUUUGCAUUAAAACAUGUAGGUUCUUAUUUAAAGAACUAAAGUUGAUAUAACCUCAGAAUACUCCUUAAAUAUUGUCUUAAAAUUCUAAAAGUCAGAAUUUGAAUGCAUGCAUAAUUUAAUCAUAAAAAUGGGGUGAGUAUUUAAACUCUUGCCUAAUGUCUUAAACAAAUUGAUAACUAAAAUAACAUUUUGGUUUUGAUAUUUUCCCAGGAAAACGAAUCUGAAGUUCAACAAGUUGUAGAGAAGUGCAUGAAACCAGAUUCUUGUGAACAAGAAUGCACUAAUGGUAAAUGUGAAUUGAAGGAUAUAGAAGAUUUUGUUGUGCCUGUGGACACAAUUACAAUAGAAAAUAAUGAUAUGCACGCUGAAGAACACAAUGAUAAUUCAGAAAUACAAUCUAAAAUUAUUGAAACUGAAGUUGAAGAACCCAAGAAUAAUCAAGAAAUAUCAGAAGAUAUUUUAACAGAUAAAGUAUGUUUACAAAAGUGUAUAAAUAUUUAAUACCAUAAUUAUUUAAAAAAAUAAUAAUAAUUGUAUAGUAUUUUAUAUUGUAUGUAAUUUAAUUUUAGCUAUUUAUAUUUUAUUCUAUCAUUCCUUUAACUCAAGUUUUAAUUAACUCAUUAAAAAAAUAUAUCUAUCGAUAUAUAUAUAUAUAUCGAUAAAUUGAUACAUUAUUCAAUUUAAUAUUUAUUUUUUUUUUUUUUUUGAUUAUAUUAGUAAUAUAUAAUAUUAAAUUUUUUAAUAUUUGAACUUCACUUAUUUUUAAUAAUAUUACCUACGGAAUAUUCUAAUUUAAAAUUAUUGACUACAUUUUUUUAGGAAUUAAAUGAUAUAUCUCAAGAGUUGAAAACUGUAGACGUGAAAAAAGAACCCACAAAUGAUUUUGAAAGAAGCUUAUUGGACAUUCAAAAUCAAUUAUCUGCUAUUCGUCAACUACCAUUACAGAUACAAAAUCAUAUUUCAUUAUUAGAAAAACAACUUUCAGAUUUACUUUUGCACAAAAUUAAAUCAACUGAAACAUCUGAAGGAGUUGCCAACGAAAAUGAACAAAUAGAAAAUAUUAUCAAACAGGAGCACGAUGAAAACGAGCAACAAGAAAAAUUUGAUGAUGAUGAUGAUGUAUUUGAAACGGACAUUGAUGAUACAUUUGAAAAUUUACAAGAAAUGGAACCAAAUGAAAAGUCGGAAGAAACCAGUGAUGAAGAAUCCAAUGGAAAAGAAGACAAAGAAAUCAGUGAAGAUGAAUUCAAUGGUGGAGAAUACAAAGAACCCAGUGGUAGGCCAAUGUACCCCCUUACACCUUUACCAAGACCUAUUGUAUUACCUGGUGGUCGCAAAUGGAGAGGUCCCAAAGAUGCGUACAAUGAAAAAUUUAUUGCUGAAACGUUAAUCUCACAAGCUGAAGUCCUAGUUGGUUCAACAUUAGGGUAAAUAAUUUGUACCAUUUUAUUAAUUAUGAUUACAUUAAAAUGUUAGAAAUAUAAUCUUUCCAAUUAGUGUUUAAAAUUGCAUUUAUAUUUUAGUAUGUAUUAUUUUUAAAAGAAAUGAAUAGCUAACGUUGUAAAUUUUAUUGGAAUGUAAAAUAUAACACUGUAAAAUUUCUAAGCAUUUUGAUGGUUUCUAUAGCAUACUUUUAAUCAUAACUAUUAUUUUCUAUAAUAAUGUCAAUGAAUUUAAUAACCCUACAGUAUCAAUAUUCGAAAAAGAUUGUCCUAAAGGGUGUCCUACAGUGUUAUCCGAAUUUUAAUAACUCUGCAUUAUAAUUUUGUUUUUGUUUUAUUUUACAAUCAUGCUUUGUGUCAAAGGGACACAAAUGUAGAAAAUUUUUACUUUCAUCCAUUAAUCACUGAAAAAAUUAUUUUUUAAAUUUUCCAAAUAUCCAAUUUGUAUAUUAUGUAUAUUAUUCAUUUUGGAUGAACAUAAAAAUGUCUAUAUUUGUGUCCCCCAACACAAGACCCAAUGGAAAAAAAAAAAUUAAUAUUGACAGAGUUAUCAGCAUUUGAAUAAUACUGUAGGACAUUAUGUAUAAAAACUAAAAGUUUAAUUGAAUUUUGCAAGACCGGUCAAUAAUGUAUCCUGCAUUAAUGGUCUAAUGAUGGAGUAUAUAUUUUAAUUUAAGUCUUUGAAGUUAUACAUUGGGAUUAUUACUUUUAUUAUUUUAAGUUUAUUUGAUUAUUAGAAAAGUUUUUGAAAACCAAAAUAUGUUUCUAUUAACAUUUAAAAAUUUUAUUUGCAGUGUGAACUUUAGAAAAUAUGAACCACCAAAGUUUGAUUUAUCUAACUCGGCAGUUUACAAAUUAGUACAUAAUAUUGAAACAAAAAAUAUUGGAGGCAUUGCAAAUAGACCAGAAACUGUAGCGGCCAAAGAAGAUUUUUAUUAUCACAAACCAGUAAUAUAUGAUUAUAAUGUUAUAAUUAGAGAACGGAUUUAUAUACAAUUAAAAUUUACAAAAAAGCGCUUAAAAAUGUCAAAAAAUCCCUAUAGGAAUCACUUAAAAUAUAUUUAAAAGUCCCCCCCCUAAUAACCAUAAACUAAAAUAGAAAUAAAACUAAAAUAAACUAUAAUAAUAAGUUCUAACUUAAAUAGAAAUAAUUUUUAACACUACAAAGAUAAUUAUCACAGAGUAAUGUUUUAUGUAUUAUAUUAAAAAAAAAUUCUCUGUGUUAAUCAUUUGUCAGUGUUAGACAAUUUUAUUUAUUAGGGUUAGAACCAUUAAGGGUGGGAAUUUAAAUCACAUCUAUCACUUUAGCUUUUUAAAAUAUUUUGAAAUGUUUUUUUGUGAACUUUAAGUGCACAUACAUUUUUUCCCUAGUUAUAAAUAUUAAACAGAUUUAUUCUUACACUUUAGAAGAAUUGAUUUUGAUGUUAUUUUUUUUACAGAUUGACGCACGGCAAUUCUACUUAGCUACACUCCCACAACCAACAAUAGUAAGCUCCUUAUUUAUAUUUAAAUAUAACCCAAGAUACCAUUAAUUUUAUAAUUAUGUUUUAUUACAUAAAAUCAAUAGUAAUAUUAAAUUAUGGGGACAGAUAUGGCCAAUAUAGGUUACUAAUUGUUAAGUGUAUUAAUAUAAUUUGAUAUUAAUAAAAAAUCUGGUAAUCAUAAUUUUCUAAAUUAAUAGUGAAAAGGAAAACUGCGUAUAAAUGUAAUAUAUAGGUUUCCUAAAUUAUAUGUUAGGUACAGUUUUAAAGAAGAAUAGUAUGAAGUACCAAUUUCCAAAAAUAUAAUAUAGAAUCUGUAAGACCCUUUUUAAUAUUUUACUUUUAAUUUUAAAAAUAUAUAGGUAUUAUGUAGGCAGGGACGAAUCUAGAGGAAGGGCCUAGGGGCCCAGGCUCCUUCCCCAAAAAAUAUUAAUAUUGGAAGGAUGCAGAAGACUUUUGAAAACAUGCAUAUAUGAAUAUAUCUCAUCAUAAAUCUCAAGUAUUCUUAAGUUGAUAAGAAUAUGUUUCAUAAGUAGUUUUGUUCUCCAAAUAUUUAAUUCAGCUAAACUAGAGCAUUAGUAAAUUAUAGGUGAAACAAAUUCUAUAAGUUUAGUAAAAUCUUCUUCAUACUAUUUUUAUUUCGGUGUUAUUAUUGUAUAUUGUCACCUGCAGGAUAAGUAAACAAAUGUCAGUAUAUAUUCAUCUAUUAAAAAUAUACAAGUAGAUUAAUAUGUCACCUAACAGACCACAGAGUGUGUAUUUAAUAUGUUUCUAGUUAGUCUCACAAAAAAAAAAAAAAAAUGACUAGGAAAGGAAUCUUCCUCUCCAUAAAUAUGCCACUGGUAUAAUAUUUUUGAGAAAUAAAUUCUGAUUAAAUGUGAAACUUUUUUUAGCCACUUUGCCUUUUGAGUUCUCAGUUCUUUAACCAAGUUUUCACAAUAGAGGGAGCACAAAACAAAAAUCCAAAAUGAAAUGUUUAUUUCCUUUACUUUUAAAAAUAUACCUAUUUAGUGAAUAAAGUAUAAAAAUAUAUAUCAAACAUCAUAAUAAAGUUACAUACUCAUGAAAUGAUUAUAAUCAAAAUAUUUAAAAAUCUAUUACCAAUGAGGUUGCCAUGGCCCCUGUACUUCCCCUAACUACACAACUGUGGCUUCUAUAAUAUAAUAUAGGUAUACCCAUACUUUUUAAUUUAAUACAAGUUAUAACUAAUCAUUUUAUUGAUUUCUAGAUUCCGGAUUAUGAAAGAGACAAUCAAUAUGGACAUUAGUUGUAAACAAUAUUUUUCAAAACUAAAAGUAGAUUUCUGUUGAAUAAAAUACCUAUACUAUAAGUUUACUUAUAUUGUUAGUACAAUUCAACCUAUUCGUAUUAAAUAAAUACCUGACCUAAUCUAACUUAAUCUAUCCAAUCAUUAAUUGGUAUAAAAUUGUCUACAUUUAAAAUUAAGAACAAAACAAUUUGAGGUGUUAAAAUGUUGUUAUAGAAGUACUAAAUAAUAAGUACUAUAAGUACUCA